AUCCGGCAUUAUCAACCCAACUCAAUUUUAGUUGGCCCUUCCAAUCAAAACGAGACAUAUAACUGAAAACAACCUGGUCCCAUUAGCAAAACACCAACUAAAAGAACGAAAGAAAAAACAGAGUUCCUUCAUCAAUGGCCGCUUCAACUGCGACUGCCCCAACUGACCGCAUAGAUGUGUUCUGGGACUCAGGCAUGCUCAACCAUAACUCAGGCAAUGGAGUAUUCGACACUGGAAUGGAUCCUGGGUUUCUGGAUGUGUUAGAAAAGCACCCAGAGAACUCUGACAGAGUCAAAAACAUGGUUUCUAUUCUAAAGAGAGGCCCUAUCUCUCCCUACAUUUCUUGGCUCCCAGGAAGGCCUGCUCUGCUCUCUGAAUUGCUCUCUUUCCACUCUUCAGAAUACAUAAAUGAACUAGUUGAAGCGGAUAGAGAAGGGGGUAAGAUGUUAUGUGCUGGGACUUUCUUGAACCCCGGAUCAUGGGGUGCCUCGCUUCUUGCUGCUGGUACAACAUUAUCGGCAAUGAAACAUGUGCUUGAUGGACAUGGAAAAAUUGCUUAUGCAUUGGUUAGGCCUCCGGGUCACCAUGCUCAGCCUACUCGAGCUGAUGGCUACUGCUUCCUUAACAAUGCCGGCCUUGCUGUUCAAUUCGCUUUAAAUUCUGGAUGCGCAAAGGUUGCGGUCAUAGACAUCGAUGUCCAUUAUGGAAAUGGGACUGCUGAGGGAUUCUAUAGGUCUGAUAAGGUUCUCACAACCUCCCUUCAUAUGAAUCAUGGUUCAUGGGGUCCAUCUCACCCACAGAAUGGCUCUGUUGAUGAGCUUGGUGAAGCGGAGGGGUUUGGUUAUAAUUUGAAUAUACCUCUACCAAAUGGGACCGGGGACCGUGGAUACAGGCAUGCCAUGACUGAGUUGGUUGUCCCUGCAAUCCAAAAGUUUAAGCCUGAAAUGAUGGUUCUGGUCAUUGGCCAAGAUUCAAGUGCUUUUGAUCCAAAUGGAAGGCAGUGUUUGACAAUGGAGGGUUAUCAAGAGAUUGGCAGGAUUGUUCGUAGCCUGGCGGACCGACACUGCAGUGGACGGCUUCUGAUUGUCCAAGAAGGUGGAUAUCAUGUUACCUACUCAGCCUAUUGUCUCCAUGCCACACUUGAAGGUGUGCUCAACCUACCAACUUCCCUAUUAUCUGAUCCCGUUGCUUAUUACCCAGAGGAUGAGGCAUUGGCCGCGGAAGUUAUUAAAUCCAUUAAAAAGUUCCAGAAAGACAAUGUACCAUUCUUAAAAGGAGCUUAAUUUGGAAUUCAUUUUAGUAAAUCUCAUUCUCUUUUUGUACUGUGUCUAUGAUAUAAGAUUGUCAUUGCAACAAAGAAGUCACACUUUUUUUUUUU